AUUGCUUUGGUGCUGAGCUGUUCCUUUCCUUCCCUUUCAGGAAAUGAUAACAGCGAAGCCCUUCCAGAGUCGAUCCCAUCUGCUCCUGGAACACUGCCGCAUUUUAUGGAGGAACCAGAUGAUGCCUACAUUAUAAAAAGCAACCCCAUUGUCUUACGCUGUAAAGCUAUGCCAGCUAUGCAGAUUUUCUUCAAGUGCAACGGGGAAUGGGUCCAUCAGAAUGAGCACGUGUCCGAGGAAAGCAUGGAUGAGGCUACAGGACUGAAAGUUCGAGAGGUGUUCAUCAACGUGACCAGGCAGCAGGUGGAAGAUUUUCAUGGGCCAGAAGAUUACUGGUGUCAGUGUGUUGCGUGGAGCCAUCUAGGGACCUCAAAGAGUCGGAAGGCAUCUGUCCGCAUAGCGUAUUUACGGAAAAACUUUGAGCAAGACCCUCAAGGGAAGGAGGUUCCUAUCGAAGGGAUGAUCGUCCUCCACUGCCGGCCGCCCGAGGGAGUCCCUGCAGCCGAGGUGGAAUGGCUAAAGAAUGAGGAGCCCAUAGAUUCCCACCUGGAUGAGAACAUCGACACCAGGGCGGACCACAACCUCAUCAUUCGGCAGGCGCGUCUCUCUGACUCCGGGAACUACACCUGCAUGGCUGCCAACAUCGUUGCCAAGAGAAGGAGCAUGUCUGCCACAGUUGUGGUGUACGUUAACGGGGGCUGGUCGUCAUGGACCGAGUGGUCAAACUGCAACGCCCGCUGCGGCCGGGGCUGGCAGAAGCGGUCGCGGACCUGUACCAACCCUGCCCCGCUCAACGGGGGCGCGUUCUGCGAAGGAAUGUCGGUGCAGAAAAUCACCUGCACUUCUCUCUGCCCUGUGGACGGAAACUGGGAGGUGUGGAGCGAGUGGUCGGUGUGCAGUCCGGAAUGCGAGCAUUUGAGAGUUCGGGAAUGCAUUGCACCGCCUCCGAGAAACGGAGGGAAGUACUGCGAGGGCUUGAGUCAGGAGUCGGAGAAUUGCACCGAAGGGCUCUGCAUUCAAG